GGCAUAACUAUAGUAAUAACUCACAUUUCGCGCGCUUUUGAAUUUAUUACUUUGUAGGAAUAGAAACACUGGCAUCGUGAAUCCUUAUUUCAGAAUUAUAUGCACGUAGAUAAGUAAAAGAAAAAAUUAUUACUAAAUGAUAUAAAUGUUUGAAAUGUAAUUAUUCUUGUAACAUAUUUAAUUUACUACGUCAAAUUAAGUAGUAUUCAAAAUAACAACAAUUGUUUUGCACACUUCUCAAACAAAUAUGAGUCUCUGGGUGGAUAAAUAUCGUCCAACAUCACUUGGAAAGUUAGAUUAUCAUAAAGAACAAGCGGAAUAUUUGAAAAACAUGAUACAAAAAGGAGAUUUUCCACAUUUAUUAGUUUAUGGACCAUCAGGAGCAGGAAAAAAAACUCGUAUAAUGUGUAUUAUAAGAGAAUUAUAUGGUUGUGGAAUUGAUAGAUUGAGAAUGGAAACUAUGACAUUUGAGACUCCUUCCAAGAAGAAACUAGAGAUAACAACAAUAAGUAGCAAUUAUCAUAUUGAAGUAAAUCCAAGUGAUGUUGGUAUACACGAUAGGGUAGUAGUAAUGGACUUGGUAAAAACAACAGCACAAACUCAUCAAAUUGAUCCAAGUGGGCAAAAAGAAUUUAAAGUGGUAUUAUUAACUAAUGUGGAUCAGCUUACAAAAGAUGCACAACAUGCUCUUCGAAGAACAAUGGAGAAAUAUGUUGCUACAUGUAGAUUAAUACUUUGCGCAAAUUCAACAUCACGCGUCUUGCCAGCCAUUAGAUCAAGGUGCUUAGGGAUUAGAGUUCCAGCACCAUCAAUAUCGGAUAUAAAGAAUAUUUUGCAUUUAAUUUGUAAACGUGAAGGUUUAACUUUGCCUGAUGAACUGGCCAAAAGAUUGGCUGAGACUAGUGGUAGAAAUCUCAGACGAGCAAUAUUAAUGCUCGAAGCUUGUAAAGUUGAACAAUAUCCAUUUACUGCAAAUCAAAAUAUUACAGAACCAGACUGGCAAGUAUAUAUUCGUAAUACAGCAAGUAUGAUGGUCAGCGAACAAAGUCCAAAAAAGCUUCUUGCAAUAAGAAGCAGACUCUAUGAAUUAUUGACGCACGCGAUACCAUGUGAUUUAAUAUUUAAAGGUCUCUUACAAGAAUGUAUAAAAAAUUGUGAUCUUCAAUUAAAAAUUGAAAUUGCGACAGUUGCGGCAGAAUAUGAACAUAGAAUGCAUAAAGGAUCAAAAUCAAUUUUCCAUUUAGAAGCAUUUGUUGCACGGUUUAUGGCAAUUUACAAAAAAUUUAUUGAUUCAUCUCUUGAAGGUUUUGUGUGACAUAUUCACAUAUUUGCUUAUAUUAAAAUAUAAUUAUUCAAAUUUUUAAAUAAAUUCAUACAUUUGUAAA